AUGACUGUCAAUAAGGAAAAUAAUUCACCACCAAUUGAUUCACAUCAACAAACACCAACAUACCAUGAUUAUCAUCAUCAUGAGUCUUCAUUUGAUCAAAAUCAAUUAGUUACUACGAACAAUUCAAAUCAAGCACCACCAUUCAAUUAUUCUUCUCCUCAUAUAUCCAAUCAUUGUCAUCUGUCUAAUUCAUUUAAAAAUCAACCAAUCAAAUUUGAUCAAAAUUCAAUUCAAUCAUCAUUUUCAAUAUGUCAAAAACUAUUAGAAGCUGGUAAAAAAUCUGGUCAAUUUACAAAACGUUUAACAAGAUAUUAUCGUUAUGAAAAUAUGAUAUUAAAUCGUUCAUAUAUGACAUUAUAUGAAGCUGGUGAUAUAAAAGGAACAUUAUUUAAAAUUUGUGAACAAACUGAUUAUAAAACAUUUGCACAAUUAUUUAAUCCAGCUCGUAGAAAAAAUCUAUCAAAAAUUGGUGAAGGAUGUUUUGGUGAAGUGUUUCGUUGUCCUGCAGAAUCGCAUUCCACUAAUAAUGAAUAUGUGGCUAUUAAAUUAAUCCCCAUAGAAGGUGAUGUGAAAUUUAAUGGGGAGCCACAAAAAUUAUUCAAUGAAGUUCUAUCUGAAGUGAUUGUUUCUAAAGAACUAACUGCUCUUAGUAUGGGUCUUAAAAAUAGUACAUGUGGAUUUGUAGAAUUAAAAAAAGUUCAUCUUAUUCAAGGUUCAUUUCCUGUAUAUUUGAAAAAAGCUUGGGAUAAAUAUGACAAAGACAAGAAAUCAGAAAAUGAUAAUCCAAGUAUUUUUCCUAAAACACAAUUAUGGGUUGCUAUAGAAUCAGCAUUUUGUGGUGUUACUUUAGAAAAUAAUAUUCCAACUUGUCCAUGUGCACGUUUAUCCAUUCUAUUACAAAUUGGUCUGUCAUUAGCUGUUGCUGAAUUAGAAUUGAAAUUUGAACAUAGAGAUUUACAUUGGGGCAAUGUUUUAAUCAAUCAAUCUACUACUGCUGCUUCUUCUUCACCAAAUGAUGCCUGUUCAUAUUGUUCUACGCUAAGCAAUAAACACCAUGAACAACAAUCUUAUGUAACAUUUCGUUUAGAUGGAAAAGAAUGGAAUAUUCCAAAAUGCGGUGUAGUUGUACAUUUAAUUGAUUUUACAAUGUCACGUUUAGAACAAGAUGAAGGUUUAGUCUAUGUUGAUUUAAGUACUGAUCCUACUUUAUUUCAAUCUUAUGGUGAUUAUCAAUUUGAUAUAUAUCGUCAUAUGAAAUCUGCCAAUUGUAAUGAUUGGAAAAGUUUUACACCAAAAACAAAUGUGAUGUGGUUUCAUUAUUUAACAACAAAAUUAUACAUGAAUUCAGAGAAAUCCUCCUCUUCGUCAUCAUCCCCAUCGCCAUCAUCGUUAUCGACCGCCUCAAACCUGCAUGAAAUUUGUUGGAAUGAUUUGCAACAUUUAGAGCUCAUUACACGUUCAUUUGAUCAAUAUCAUUCUAUGCAUCAAUUAAUUAUGAAAUGUAAUUUAUUUAAAAAUUUUUUAAAAUAUUUUUAA